UGGGCAACAAGACAGCUUCAGAGGCCAUCUUUCUCAAGGCCUCUUAGGAGGCUGAGGUUGAGAAAGAGCCCCGUUGGAGGUAUCUGAGCUCCAGCUGUAGACAGGCCACCAUCCUGUGCGGCCCUGGGCCAGCCGCAGCACCUUGCCUCUUCUGUUGGAAAACAAGUGUAGAACCUGCCACGCCUACCCCGAAGGAAUGGAUGGGAGCAUCUAAUGAGCUAAGAGAGUAAAACAGGGAGACCUCACUACCACAUUCAUCUUCAAUAUAUGGGAUUCAGUUCAGGGGUUGGUUUCUUCUGUUAAGACUUAUUUAUUUAUCUAUCUAUCUAUCUAUUUAUUUAUUUAGUUGCAGCACGCAGGAUCUUCAUUGCAGCACGCGGGAUCUUUAUCUUUAGUUGCAGCAUGUGGGAUCUUUUUCUUUAGUUGCAGCAUGUGGGAUCUUUUAGUUGCGGCAUGCGAAUUAGCAUGCAAAGUCUUAGUUGAGGCAUGUGGGAUCUAGUUCCCCGACCAGGGAUCAAACCGGGCCCCCUGCAUUGGGAGUGCAGAGUCUUAGCCACUGGACCACCAGGGAAGUCCCUGUUAAGACAUUUAAAAAAAAGAAAAAAACUAUAAAAGCUUUCUAAAAUGAAACUUUCUAAAAGAAUAACAGCUGUAUGUAACAUGAUUGAGAAUGACAAAAUUACCCAUCAUCUUAUCAUCCCAAAAUUACAGCUAUUAUAAUAUAUAAUUAUAAUUAAUUAUAUUAUAAUAAAUAUAAUAAUAUAAUAUAUAAUUCCAUUAUUUGGCUAUUAUAUACAAUGCUGAAAUGAAUAGCUUUUUGCACAGAACUUCUCCCUCCUCUCCGAGCAUUUCCUCAGGAGCUUUCCCAGAUGUGGGAUGACUGAAUCACAUGGCACGGAUCCUCUUGUGGUUGCUGCCAGUAUCUUUCCCAAGGGGUUGUAACAACUGAAACCGCCCCAGCUGUGCCUGUGAGCAUUGAUUUCACCACACACUGAACAGGGCUGAGUAGCCUCUUAAAAAAAAAAAAAGUUUUGAUACGUUAAGGGGCAAAUAAUAGUUCAUUGUUUUCAUUUGUUACUGGGUUACUAGGAACUUUUAACAUAAAAUUUUUUUCUUGCCUUUUAAAUUAUUUUUUUAAUUGUAAAGGAAUGUACUCUUUAGCUUAAAAAAAAAAAAAGUUUGUAUGGAGUAAAAAGCCCAGGUUUCCCCUCACUCCUCAUUUUCCGCUCCAGUAUCACUCCCUUCUCUAGAGAUAGUGGGUAGUAUGUGCCUUCGGGAUCUUUUUAUUUAUUUAUUUAUUUUUAAAUUUUUUUUUUUUUCGGUACCCGGGCCUCUCACUGUUGUGGCCUCUCCCGUUGCGGAGCACAGGCUCCGGACGCGCAGGCUCAGCGGCCAUGGCUCACGGGCCCAGCCACUCCACGGCAUGUGGGAUCUUCCCGGACCGGGGCACGAAGCCGUGUCCCCUGCAUCGUCAGGCGGACUCUCAACCACGCCACCAGGGAAGCCCCAGGAUCUUUUAAAAUGAACUGCAUUCCUUCAGCAAGUAUUUGUUGAGACCUCUGAAGUGCCAGGCCCUCUGCUGGGUACCAGGGAUAAAAAGGGGAAUUCGACAGACAUGGUCCCUGGUGACAUGGAACUUACACCUAGUGAAAGAGACGAGCAAAACACAAGAAAGCAAAGGAAUAAAAAAUUUGAAAACCACAAUCUGUGUCUUUCCAGGCAGCUACUAUUAUUCCCACAUUCCUGAUGGAGAAACUAAAACUUAGGAGGCUAUCGACUUGCUCAACCUGAAAUAGGCCGUGACAAGUCUGGAACCCAAGCCGACUGGACUCUGAAUCCCUCCCUCUCUUCACUGGGCCACCGUCCUGUUCUUUGGGCAUGACAGCACCUCAAAGGACCUCAGCCUGAGCGCAUUCUCCAUGAACAAAGCCUCCACGGCCCCCCAGCAGAAGGGCAACUUCUCCCAAAUCAUGCUCCGGGUGCUCUGCACGGGGGCCUGUGUGCCUCUGGUGAAUGCCUGCAUGGCAGGGAUCCUCUACAUGCCCCGGGGGGCUGAGGUCGACUGUGUGUCCCUCCUGAACACGACCCUCAGCAGCAGCAGUUUUGAGGUGUACCAGUGCUGCCGCCAGGCCUUCCAGAGGUGAGAACCUGGGCCGUGGGGCAGAGGGACCCUGACAGUGAUGGGGUGCAGGAGGCCUAAUUUCCCAGCGGAGGCCUUUGGCACCAGGGCAAGGGAUAGAAGUGUCAUGGCUGUGGCUGAUGUGACCAAGGGAGGAGGAAGUGGGUCUUGGGGACCAAACUUAGAGAUGAAGUUUGGACCACAGACAUGGAGCAACUUCUCCAAAGUUGCACAGCCUUUAGUGGCCAGCAGAGCCAGGCC